GAGCAGAACCUGAAGAAGAGGAAGAAGCCGUAGCUCUGAGCGAAGCAGGACAGGAAGGAGAAGACCAGGUCGAUGCUCAGGACGUAGAUCAGGCACUUCCUGCGGCCCAUCUUGUCACACAGACCCCCCCACACCAGGGCACCCACCAUCAUGGCCACGUACACCAGCAGGCCUGCCGACAAAUUCCCGGGGACAUGAAACUCACUCCCCAGCAAGCUCCACUGUAUGGCCGCUGCGUGAUCACGGUGCAGCUCGCCGAUGAGGAGCUGGCUGCGGACGAGGAGGGCGCCGACUACUUCCUGCUGUUUGUGGGCAGCACACAGAGGCACCUGACCAGCACACUGAGGAGCGGCCAUGACACCUUGCAGGCGCUGUGUCCCGCUCACGACUGUUGCGAGGAAGUGUCGGUCACCCUGUGCUCGCUCCCCUGCGGUGACCCGGAGGCCCGCGGGGAUCUGAAGACGCACCCGGCUCCUCUGGCCGAGCACCGCUUCAGCUUCGUCCAGGACCUGGCCUUCGACAUGGCGCAGUUCCUGGUGAGCACGGUGGGCCGGACCGACGGCCUGGACGCGGCGCUGCUCCUGGACCAGAGUCACAUCCCAGUGCGGGAGUGCGAGCGUCUGGAUGAGAGUCUGGCCCUGGCCCUCCAGCACAUCCCGCUUCCCCCGGGAUGGAGCCUGCUGGGGAACAAGCACACCAACAACACCGAUCCGGUUCCUCGUGAGACCCUGCUGCAUUUUUCCGCCCGCCUGGGCCUCCAUCGGGUCACAAACUUCCUGUUGCGACAGCCGGGAGCCGGAGAAGCCUUGCGACUGGCCAACAGGCAAGGCCACACCCCCGCCGCCGUCGCUGCGAUGCGGGGCCACGACGCCCUCCACCAGCUCCUGGCACAGGCCGAGUCGGACGAAGGGCCCGAGUGCGUCCAGCUGGUCCCGACAGACGCCCGCGUCGCCUGCCACCUCCCCCGGCUGCGCACGCACACGCUGACGCAGAGCGUCGGGCCGGGCCGCCAUCCGCCGACCCUCGCCCUCAGCGUGGAGCAGCUGCUGCAUUUGACGUGUCAUCUCCACGCCAAAAGAGUUUCUGUGCUGGAUCUGCACUCCGACUCUCUGCACACAGCUGCCGAAUGCCGCGAGGACAUCGAGCCAGGGACGAGCUGCCCGCACGCUGAAACCGCCGAGGACUCGGAGGGAUCUCGCGGGUACGGCGACGAGGAAAAGGACGACUGGAGCGUGUCCGUGAGCCCCCGAGAGCAUGGCCCGGUGCCCCUUGAGGUUUGGGUGUGUCUGCAGUCUGGGAGAGAUUAUUGCCCAUCGGCGGAGGGAAGGGAACGGCCUGUUACCGCACGCAGCUUGAGUGAGUGUGAGAGCGCAGGAGAAGGGGGGAGCCCGCCCGUGGGAGGCCUUCCACCGGGAGGGUGCGGUGAGCAGGAAACCGAACGGGAGGCCACAGAGGGAGAGGAGCAGGAAGAAGGAGAAGAAGACGACGAGACAACCGGUGGAUGUUUAGUCAUGGGCCAGUCCCGGUCCUCGCACGGCUCUGACGCUGAAGGCGACGAGCCUCACCAGGAUGGCGAGGUGUUGACUCACGGCCACGGCCUUUCUUUAGACAACCAGGAAACCGACAGCGCAGGCUUGGCCCCCUUAUCAGCAGAAGAGGACCUCCCAGCUCCGUCCGAGUCUGCCUGCGAUGAUGUCAGCGGGGAGUCAGAUCUUCCACCCCUCUGUGAGGGGGAACCUCCGGUCGACGUACGCAGCUUGGAAGAAAACCAGGAAACAGCUGCUCGGGAUUACCCCGCAGAGCAGGAGCAACAAAGCACAGGUCCGACCACUUCUAUGGAGUUACUUGUCGCAGAAGCUCCCGAAGACGCGGCCGCAACGUCGGACUUUGCCGACGAAGCUGGUCAGGACAAGAGCGAGCAGGCCGAUCUAGAUUCCGGCCUCACCCCCGGCUUGUCCAGCGAUGACGACGUCAGUUUCCAGUCGGUCGGAAGCUGCACGACGGACGUGUUCCACCCGACCGAGGAAAGCGUCCUCGUCGAGGAGCAGAAGUGGACCAACGCGGAGACGCCAUGUGACAGCAGCACAUUUUCUCCGCCGUCGGACGCGGAGCCGCCCGAGGUGGCUGCUGGCGACGGCCACCUCGGCCUCGGCUGUGCCUCCGAGCCCAAAGAAGAGCUCGGCAGCGUCUCCGAGCCCAAAGAAGAGAUCGGCGGCGCCUCCGAGCCCAAAGAAGAGCUCUGCAGCGCCUCCGAGCCCCAAGAAGAGAUCUGCAGCGCCUCCGAGCCCCAAGAAGAGAUCUGUGGCGCCUCCGAGCCCCAAGAAGAGAUUGGCGGCGCCUCCGAUCCCCAAGAAGAGAUCUGUGGCGCCUCCGAGCCCCAAGAAGAGAUCGGCGGCGCCUCCGAGCCCCAAGAAGAGAUCUGUGGCGCCUCCGAGCCCCAAGAAGAGAUCGGCGGCGCCUCCGAGCCCCAAGAAGAGAUCUGUAGCGCCUCCGAGCCCCAAGAAGAGAUUGGCGGCGCCUCCGAGCCCCAAGAAGAGAUUGGCGGCGCCUCCGAGCCCCAAGAAGAGAUUGGCGGCGCCUCCGAGCCCCAAGAAGUGACGGGCGGCGCCUCCGAGCCCCAAGGAGAGAUCUGCAGCGCCUCCGAGCCCCAAGGAGAGAUUGGCGGCGCCUCCGAGCCCCAAGAAGAGAUUGGCGGCGCCUCCGAGCCCCAAGAAGAGAUCGGCGGCGCCUCCGAGCCCGAGGAAGCGCUUGGCGUCCAAACGGCUGAGGAACCAGAGCGACAAGGUGCCCAGGCAGAGCCUUCGGAGGAGGACCCGGCCCCGUUGGCGGAAGAUGGAAACGGAAACAGUGCUGAGCAGAAUGAAGAGGAGGAGGCCAUCAUGUCUGAACACGCCGGGACCGACGAAGCACUGAAAGGAGACGAGCCAGAUUCUUCCACGAGGUACAGCCUCUGUGCCAAAGGAGAGAGACCCGUCAAUGUUGUUUUGAUCAAGAUCCAUCGAGACACAGAGGCGUCCUUCCACCAGCCCCUCAACGCUCAGAACUCAGGGUCUUCACAGUCGUCCACCUUGCCCGCUUUGUCCAGUCGGACCAUCAGCAGCGGCAACAGUUUUUCCUCCGCCACACACAGAGACUCGGGCAGCGAUGCGGAAAGUCUGCUGAGCGCCGAGGUGGCAUAUGACAGCGUCUUCAUCAAGAAUGACGAGCCAGUGACGGGCGGCGACAGCACCAGCGAGGUCUCCAUCUCCUGCUCCUCCACGGACGACACGGCCAGCGUGGGUCCGUCCAGCUCCAGUCCCGACGACAGCCAGGGUCUGGGCAGCAGCUGGAGCCCGGAGGAAGUGGUCACGUCGCGGGCGGCCUCCGUCUCCACGGACGGCGGCGGCGGCGGCGGGAGCGCGGGAGCACUGGGCAGGGAGGCCGAGGAGGAGGCCAAAGACCGAGUGACGGAGGUGCCGCGGCGCUCCUGCCUCUUCCGGAACAGCCUGCGCUCCUUGUCGCCUCUCCGCCGCCACAGUUGGGGACCCGGGAAGAACAACGGAGGACACGGGGCCAUGAACCAGAGAAGCUACAGCCUGGAGGGCCUGAGCGGCGGCCAGGAGGAAGUCAAUGGCUUGACGCGGCGGGGUCCCCGCAUCCAGGAGCCUUCCAGGAUGCCGCGGCAUGACGUGGACGAGCGGGGCUCCCUGGUAUCGCUCACGGAGGAGCAGGAGGAAACGGGGGUGCUUGGCGGCCUGGAAAUGCUGAAAUCCAGACGCUCUCGGCCCCUGAGGAACAGCUGCCCGCCCAUGACCCUGCCCCUCACCAAGUCAGUGUCCAUGCUGGCCAUCAGCCACCGAGACAUUGACGUGGUGGGACGUCUUCGCCGAAGGAGGCGGAUUUCCUUCUCGUUCAGUCUGUCCCCCAUCCUCACUAAGUCUAAGUCGCUUUACGGCGACUCGUCCACUAGCGACGAUGACGAUAACUCCAGUUCGAGGUCCUUCUCCAGCACUUCCGGCUCUUUAGCAUACAGCAUAUCAGAGGAGGAGCCCGGCCCCCUGCGGAGCGACGCCGAGGGGAAGGGCGCCACCAAAGUUAGCCGCACCUUCAGCUACCUCAAGAACAAGAUGUACAAGAAGACCAGGGAAAAGGAGCGAGACAAAAGGGAUAAAGAGAAGGAAGUCAAAGAGAAGGACAAGAAGGCGGUGAACGGCCAUCACUUCGCCGCCGUCAGCUCCGGCCAGGCGCCGCCGUGCUCCCAGUGCUCCCAGUGCAAUAAGGCCUUCAGCAGCAAGGAGACCUACCAGUGCACAUACUGUAAUGCCUGCGUGCACAAAGGCUGCAGGGAGGGCCUGCCUGUCUGCGCCAAGGUAAAGAUGAAGUUGCCCAGGCAGCAGUUCACCGUGCCGGAUUCCAGCUCCUUCCCCGGAGUCACCAUGAGGAACAAAUCGGGAGGUACGAGGGAGCGUCCCUGGUCAGCCAUCUUGUCCCCGGAAGACCACUCCUCUAUGACCUUGCCGCCGUCGUCCCGCAGGCACACGGGCCUCAUGCCUUUCCACGCCAACAACCUGUCCAAGAGUCUGUCCAUUAGCAACAUUGCCGGUCCAGUGUUUGACGAGAUGCCCAUCAAAGGCCUGCGCUAUCUGUCCCAGUCCACGGACUCCCUCAACAGGACCAACCAGGUCACAGAGUCCAUGGAAUCACUCACUGAUGAAGGGACGGAGAUGAUGGACGGACAGCUGAUGGGCGAGUUCGAGGGAGAAGCCAAGGAGCUGGAGGCGGACUCGUGGAGUUUAGGCGUGGAUCAACAGUACCUGCAGCAGCUGGACCGGGACCUGGUGAAGAGGCAGGACGUCAUCUACGAGCUGAUGCAGACAGAGAUGCACCACAUCCGCACGCUGCGCAUCAUGUCGGAGGUGUACAGCAAGGGCCUGCAGAAGGAGGCGCAGCUGGAGCAGCAGACGGUGGAGAGGCUGUUCCCGGCGCUGGACGAGCUGCUGGAGCUCCACACCCAGCACCUCCUGCGCCUCCUGGAGAGGAAGAAGGAGAGCCUGCUGGAGGGCGGCCGGCCCUCGGAGCGAGGCUUCCUGGUUCACAGGAUAGGAGACAUCCUCCUCAGCCAGUUCUCGGGCUCCAACGGCGAAAGCAUGAAGAAGAUCUACGGAAGGUUCUGCAGCCGCCACAACGAAGCAGUCAACUUUUACAAAGACCUGCUCAACAAAGACAAGCGCUUUAAAGCCUGCAUCAAAAAGAAGAUGAGUAGCAGCAUCGUGCGGCGGCUCGGCAUCCCAGAAUGCAUCUUGCUGGUGACUCAGAGGAUCACCAAGUACCCCGUGCUGAUCCAGAGGAUCCUGCAGCACACCAAAGAGGGCGACGAGGACUACGAGGACCUGACGGAGGCGGUGCGGCUGGUCAAGCGGGUGAUCGCCGCCGUGGACGCCCGGGUGAACGAGCACGACAAGCGGCGGCGCCUGAAGGACUUCCACGCCCGCACCGACGGCAAGUCCAUCAUGAUGAUGAAGAGCGGCCAGAUCUUCGCCCGCGAGGACCUCCUGCGGAGGCGGCUGAUCCAUGACGGCGCCCUGCAGCUGAAGAGCUGCCAGGGCCGACAGAAAGACGUGCACGCCUUGCUCCUGUCGGACGUGGUGGUCUUCCUGCAAGAGAAGGACCAGAAAUACGUCUUCGCCAUGCUGGACCAGCGCUCCACCGUCCUCUCGCUGCAGAAGCUGAUCGUGCGCGAGGUCGCCAACGAAGAGCGCGGCCUUUUCCUCAUCACGGCCGGCAUCGAGAAGCCCGAGAUGAUGGAGGUGCUGGCCAGCUCCAAGGAGGAGCGCAACACGUGGAUGCAACUCAUCCAGGACGCCAUGCAGUCCAUGGAGAGGGACGAGGACGAGGGGAUCCCCAGCGAGACGGAAGACGACCGCAGACAACUGGAGAACAAGAAGAAGGAGAUGCGAGACCUGCUGAGGCAGAAGGACGCCGAGAUCCUGGGUCUGCUGGAGGAGAAGGCGCGGCUCUUCAGGGGCAUGUGCGUGGGCUCCGGCACGUCCGAGGAGCCUUUCUUCAGGGCGCCCGGCGGCCCCGAGCCCCCCAGGGGGGCGUGCAUCAUGAAGGACGCCCUGCAGGAAGUGGAGACGCUGCAGGGCCUGGUAAACGGCAGCCUGGGCGGGGCCAUGGCCAGCGUCCAAGAUGGCGGCGCGGCGGGCCCGGUGUGUUUACCCCGUCGGGCUGAGACCUUCGGCGGCUUCGACAGUCACCUCAUGCACGGCGGCAAGAGCGCAGACCGCGAGGAGAGCGAGGACGCCGCCAGAGAUCUACGCAGGACGGAGUCUGACGGCGUCUUAAAGAAGGGAGGAAACGCCAACCUGCUGCUGCUGCUCAAGAGGAACAGCCAGCAGGUCCUCCACAGCGUGUCCAACCUGCACCUGCUGCUCAGCAUGCUGCAGGCGGUGGUGGUGCAGCAGGACAGCUUCAUCGAGGACCAGCGUCAGGCCCUGAGCGAGCGCUCCUCGUCCUGCUCCUCCUCCUCCUCCCUGUCCCGCCCGUCCUCGCGGCCCGGCUCGCUGAUCGAGCAGGAGAAGCAGCGCAGCCUGGAGAAGCAGCGGCAGGAGCUGGCGGCGCUGCACAAGCAGCAGGCGGCGCACGCCGAGGAGCGGCGCCGGCGCGAGAAGGAGUGGGAGAGCAGGGAGCGGCGGCUGGGCGAGAAGGAGACGCUGCUGGGCCUGCAGGAGGCGGAGCUAAGCAAGCAGCAGAAGGAGGUGCAGGAGGAGAGGCAGGACGUGCAGAGCAGGAAGGAGGACUACCAGAGGGACUUGGAGAGACUGAGGGACGCCCAGAGGAAGUUGGACAAGGAGCGGGAGCUGCUGCAGAGACAGAUGGACAAGAUGGAGGAGCGCCGACGGGUGGAGAGGACGUCCUCCACCACGUCCGAGGAGUCCCAGCUGGCGGGCAGCUCCCAGUCCUUGGACCUGGACCUGGACCCGGCGGAGGCGUCGCCCUCGCAGUGCCCCAAGUCCAGCAAGGGGCGAGGAGGCCUCAACCCCUUCACCUCGUCCUCGACCUCGGCAGACAGGCAGCUGACCAAGAGCCUGAUGCAGCUCGCCAAGCGCAAAGACAAGCGCAAGAAGAAGGUCAAAGGUCAAGUCCCAGACCCCCAGCAUGUGCCCGAGCCCCCACUGGACGGCCAGAUCUUCUUCUGCUGAGACCGGACAGGAAGUUUCCUCCUCCUUUCGGGCCACGCCCCCUCCUCCAGGACAGGAAAUGGAAGUGCAUUAAAAAAAAAAACAAGAAAUUCACCAAAAAGCUUUGAUUGGACAGGAAGAUGCGACGUCUCCGUUUCUUCUUCGUUGGUUCUCGCUUUGUUUCCGUCGGGCUCGCACGCCAAUCAUCUUUUAUUUUUUUUUUUUACCAACGAGCAGCCGUUAAAAAGUGUGCGGUUUAUGGAAUGUCACGCUGCUUAUCUGUCAUCAAAUCACCGUUUAAUCACGUUUCUUUCACGCCGAAAAUGGCGCCGCUAGCAAAUGUUUACAGAUGGGAAAAAAAAUCGCAUUCGUUACUAAAACGCGUGUUUUUGGUUAACGCCCCCACGCGGAAUUAACUACCUGCGGGUCAGGUAGGGCAGGAGGCAAACUCCGCCCCCUGCUGGUAGAUUUGAAGAACCACAAUCCCCCCCCCCCCCCCCCUCCUCCCCCGGCUUUCGCCGCUUUAAAAGGGGGCGGAGCCGACACGUCUCGGUCCCGCCUCCUGAAAGACGGAAUGCACUAAAAAAAGCUUUUUGUAACGGGGAAGAAGGAAGAAAAAAAAAAAAAAAAGCGUUUGUACGAAGAAAAGACAAAUGUAAAUAUGAUCUAUGUAUAAAACAAAUCACCUGUACAAAAAAAAAAGGUUACUUUUUGUGAUUUAUUACAAUAUUUUCUAAGAAUGUUUAUUUAUGUUUUACUCUCCCCCUGUUUGGGGGGGGGGGGCCAUAAACAUGUGAUGUUGCGCUCCUAAUUAAAACAAAGUUAAACACCA